AUGAAACAUCCUUCCCAUUUUCCCCCUUCUUCUUCAGGCCCCCGACCCGGUAGCAAACAUCCGAUUGGCAUGUCCCCGGCCUGCAUAGCCGCCCUUCUCGUCGUAUCUGGCCUUCCCCCGACAACAAUCCUACAUCGAGUAGAAAUUCAUGAUGUUAACAACAAUCCGGCAAUUGAGCUCUCGUGGAGAAUAGGGAGAGGUGGUUCUUGGCAUGUGGUGGUCUACUCUUGGCCAUUGACGAAACUAUGGAGGUUGUUCGAACUCGAAACCUUGUUCAAUCUUGUAGCAUAUCCUCCAAGAUCAUAUUUUUCCGAGAUGGGUGCUGUCAAUUCGGAGCUAGAAGAGCUUUUUCAGGACAAAAAGCGUGUGAGGAAUCCCCUCGUCCCAAUUGGUGCUUUUAUGACAGCAGGGGUGCUAACAGCCGGUCUUAUUAGCUUCCGGCAAGGAAAUUCUCAAUUGGGUCAGAAAUUAAUGAGAGCUCGUGUGGUUGUGCAAGGCGCUACAGUUGCACUAAUGGUCGGUACAGCUUAUUACUAUGGUGAAAAAUUUUGA